CCAGGACCACAAGGUCCUCCUGGUCCAAAGGGUGAAAAGGGAGAUCAAGGUGAUCAGGGCCCUCGGAUGGUGUUUCCUAAGAUCAAUCAUGGCUUUCUCUCUGCUGAUCAGCAGCUUAUUAAACGCCGCCUGAUAAAGGGUGAUCAAGGACAAGCAGGGCCACCUGGCCCACCGGGUCCUCCUGGGCCACCAGGGCCAAGAGGUCCUCCCGGAGACACUGGAAAAGAUGGCCCAAGAGGAUUAUCUGGAUUACCAGGGGAGCCAGGAAAACCAGGUGAACAAGGAUUCAUGGGUCCAAUGGGGCCUCCUGGACAAAAGGGUUCCACUGGUGUACCAGGAGUACCAGGAAUUGACGGUCAAAAGGGUGAUCAAGGAGAUGUUGGAGCACCUGGUUUAGAUGGAGAAGCAGGAUCAAAGGGUGAGCCUGGAGAACCUGGAGAAAAGGGUGAUGUUGGUGAAAGUGGCCCGAAAGGUGAUCUAGGAAACAAGGGUGAUCCAGGAUCUUCUGCUGCUGGUAUUAAGGGAGAACCUGGAGAGUCUGGCCGCGCAGGACAGAAGGGUGAACCUGGUCUACCCGGGCUUCCUGGACUUCCCGGGAUAAAGGGAGAGCCAGGGUUCCUAGGUCCCCAGGGAGAACCUGGUUUACCAGGGUUACCCGGAACCAAGGGGGAACGAGGAGAAUUGGGCCCGCCAGGAAGAGGAGAGAGAGGUAUUCAGGGACUGUCAGGUCCAAAGGGAGAACCAGGUGAAUCUGGAAGUAGAGGCCCAAAGGGGUCAAAGGGAGAUUCUGGAAACAAAGGAGACACUGGUCCCAUUGGUCCACGGGGGCCUCCAGGACAAAAGGGAGAUCAAGGAGCAACAGAGAUAAUAGAUUACAAUGGAAAUAUCCAAGAAGCCUUGCAGAGGAUUACCGCCAUUACUGUUACGGGACCUCCAGGACCACCCGGACCACCUGGCUUGCCAGGAACAAAGGGUGAGAGAGGCCCUGUUGGUCCUCCAGGAGUUGAUGGGGAGCAGGGUCCUAAAGGUUCAAAAGGAGAUCAUGGGGAUGCGGGUAUGGCUGGUGAAAAAGGAGGGAUUGGGCUUCCUGGUUUGCCUGGAGCAAAUGGGAUGAAAGGAGAAAAAGGAGAUCAUGGUUCACCUGGACCUCAUGGAGCUUCGAUUAUUGGUCCUCCGGGACCUGCUGGGCCUCACGGUCCUCCAGGCCCAAUGGGGCCACAUGGGAUGCCAGGCCCAAAGGGUGAACCAGGGUUAAAUGGUCUUAAAGGAUUGAGGGGUGAGCCAGGUCAAAAGGGUGACAGAGGACCACUGGGUCUUCCAGGAGCAUCUGGCUUAGACGGAAAGCCAGGACCCCGGGGAUCAGAUGGUCCAAUUGGCGCUCAUGGUCCAGCAGGUCCAAAAGGAGACAGGGGUGAAAAAGGAGCUGUUGGAGAUCCUGGACCCAGAGGACCUUAUGGUCUACCAGGCAAAGAUGGUGAACCCGGUCUAGAUGGUUUUCCGGGUCCUCGAGGAGAAAAAGGUGACCCAGGGGAAAGAGGAGAAAAGGGGGAAAAGGGAAAGAAAGGCAAAAAAGGGCCUAAAGGGGAGAAAGGAGAACAAGGUGCCCCGGGAUUAGAUGCACCUUGCCCAUUGGGACCAGAUGGACUUCCGAUGCCUGGCUGUUGGCAAAAGUGAUGAAUCUAACCAUGCAAGCAUGAAGUUGUAAAUAAUAAUCCAAACUCUGUAUUUAUAGUUGAAAGCUGAAAGGAUGCGUUGAACAGAAAUGUUUACAUGUAACUUUUACUUGUUCACGAGUAAUUUUUUUGUUCACUUGCACAUGCAGUAGUUAACACUGCUUGGGGUACCUUCAUUAACUUUGACAGUUUAAUGUAAUAACUGCAUAUUGCCAUGAACAUAUUUGCAUAUGGCUUUUGACAUUCCAGACUAGUUGAAGUCAAAUAUUACAGCCAAAUAUAGUCAAAUCAAUAUGGACUCUCAUCUGAGCCUACACCUAGCUGUUAUCCAUGUUUGUGCCAAAUCAAAAGACUAAUAAGUGUCUUCAUAGCUGCUUGUAUAAAUCUGUGAUAUGCAUGAGUUCUGUGCCUCAACGUUUGCAGUGUGAUUGAACCUCACUUGCUUGCUGGCCUUGUUCACCCAUUCUUCUGAACGCAUUUUUUGUUCCUUCCAAGGGAGUGACACCAUGGCUUGUGGCUAAAAAAAGAUAGAACUGAAACAAAGAAUCAACCAGUGUUAUAAAACUUGGAGACACUUGGCCAAUGUUGUGGCCUGUACGCUCCUGUUUCACCUGCCUUUCUACUACUGAGGCUUCUUGGUCCUGAUUGCCUUCAGCAAUUUUUCAUUCUGUGCUACACAAGGCCACCGGGAAGUAGAAUGUGGACUUAUUUUGGAAACACGAUGUAUCGCAGGGAUACAAUACUGUUUGGAGAUGGCCAGCGAAGUGUCCGGGGCCUGGGGUAUUACAUAAGGACACAGGUGGUCAUGUUUCGUUGAUAAAACUCUUUCAUCAUACAUCUUAAACUCACCCACAAUGGUUAUCUUGACUAUCUUAAGGAUACAAGGUGGUUGUGGAGAAAGAAAUGCUCCUCUUAUAUUAUUAUGAGUAGGUUGAGAUAGCUCAUGUGUGUACGGUAUAUUUUUAAUCAAAUAAAAAAAUGCAUGAGUAAAUCACAUGAUCCUACCCAACAGGAUAUUGGUACAUUUUGUUUAUUCCUUUUAGACUGUUGUUUUUUUAAGGUAUUUUCAUGUGAUCUAGAAAAACUGGGUCAUUUUGAAAGCCUAACAACAUCAAUCUUUAUGAGUGCCAAAACAUCAUAAAAUUUGCUCUUAUUGUAUGUAUCAUUAAGGUCUGUUAUGACAUCCUUUCUUUUUAUUUAAAAUAUAUUUUGAUAAAUGUAAGGGUUUGUUCAUAAAGUGUCGCACUGUUGUGGGAUCUAUUCAAUAUAGACAGUCUCAUAGUACACCAAGCCGCUAUGGCAAUUUAUUGCAAGACUAAUAUUUUCCUUAACCUCCACUUAAUGUGGUAACAUGUCAGCUUAUUACAGCUGCAUACAACCAUGGAAGAUGUCAUAUAUGAUUAUUUUGUAUCUGCUAUUAGUGAGGAAUGCUCUGUCAACAAAACAAUUGUAUAUUGACUUAGUACAGAUGCUCUGUGACAGUUUUGUGCAAUUUUUUUCCCCCGCAAACAGUCUAAAGUUGCGUUCUUGCACAUGCUUGCAAAUCGCAGUGUAAAAAAAAAGAAAAACACAAAAAGAUUCAACAAUGUUGUUAGUUGUGUUAGUGUUUUGAAACCUUAUUUAGUUCCUUGUUAAUGUCUCUGCAUUAUAAAUAAUUUAUGCUGAAAGGAAAUGUCAAGAAAUCAUGAAACCUUUUAUGUAUGCUAAAGCACUCAUUCCUUACUCUCUGACAGGUAUCCAGUAUUAUUUUGUGGUCUGAAAAAAAAACAGUGUUGCUGCCAUGGGGUGUUGUUUUUUUUUUUUUUUUCCAAUGCGUUUUACCGUAUUUCCCCUAAAAUCAAAAGAGAAAACAAUUCUCAGACACUUUAAAAGAGUUCCCUACUUUGUUGGAAACGUGGCUGCAGCUGUAUUAACACUGAACUGUGGAAUUGGGAGCAUAGCCAACAGUUUUACUGCUGAUCUCCUGAAAAGCACACAUUGUUUCGAUAAAUAUUAGCUGAGAUGCCGAACUUUAAGUCACGCAAUAGCUUAUGCUAUCAUUAGGUACAGAGUGUGCAUCCUGUCUGAGAUGCUGUUAGUCAUUUCUGCUUAUAGCCCCAGAACUGCAGAUAUUAUUCCAAACAAUACAGGAAGGUACUUGUAAGGAGAAUAAAGAAAAAAGUAUGUACUGUAAGACAUGCCAGGGUAAUAUGAUGGACUAAAUCAUAUUAAACUUAAGUCCAAACAGCUGCAUUUAGUAUAUUAAGUGUUUGUACCAUCUACGCACCCGCAAGCAUAACAAAUGAUUAAUAAGGGCCAACUAAUGAUAAGACAUUGUGGUAUGAUCUUCAAAACUUUCAUUGUUUAGUUUUGAUUUUUUUUCUCUCUGAUGCCCUAAUUUAGCGAUUGGGUUUAGUGCAGUUUACAAAAAUGCACGCUGCGGCGAGUUGAGAAAUAUUGUUAAAAAUGGCCAGAUUGCUAUAAAAAUAGUCGUGUUGUUGCAAGUUAAUUCUCAGUAUCCCAUAGAUCACUUUUUAGGGAGUAAAUCCCUAUUUUUCCCAAAUGAAAAUAAUCCAUUAACACCCUAAAUGCCGUAUUUAUGCUCCAGUAAAGCAUUUAGUGGAUGUCAUUAUGAUUGAUGUGUUAUUAAAUAAUGGCCACUAAUUCAAAUAAAAAGAAAAAAAAAUCUUAAAUAUAUAACUCGGCAAGCCAGGCCAUGCAAAAAUUGGUUAAAAUGUCAUUAUUAUUCCUUUAUAGUGUAUACUUCCUGUAUAUUCCUGUAGUGUAAGAGAUUAAAAGGGAAAUUAGAACUUUAAGUUAAAAAAAAAAUCAUCUUAAAUUUUGCUAUUUGGGUAAAUUUGGUGAAAGAGAGCAGUUGUCGCUUUUCUGAGUUAAGUCAAAACUUAAAUGUUUACUAAUCUGGAGUUUAGGAAAUAAAGCUUCUAGUGACUACUAUGAACAAAUAGUAGCUCUGCAUGUUGUUUUGUGAACAGGGCUGUGCACAUUGCCCUCCUAAUCUGUUUACGAUACUUCCAUAGCUCUGAGAGUUAGAAAGGGGAAGUAGGGACUUACGCAGCAUUUGCCCACAGAUAGGCUAUAUACGCAAUAUUCUCCUCAUUUACACAGAUAGCUUUUAAUCUCUCUUUCAAUUGAGUUUAUCAUUAAUUUGCUUUA